UACUGCACCAGAAAAGACUCAUACAAAUUCAAAUGCUGAUGAAGCCGUUGAGGAAUCUGCUAAAGAAGAAAUGAGGAGUGGUGAAGUUGAAGAGGUGGAGAAAGCAGUGGCAAUUGAUGCUGGCAAGCCAGUUCCUUCUGCUGUUAUAGAACUUGUAGAGGCUGCUGAUGCCAGUUCAGUUAUCGAAAUCACUGAAGAUUCCAUGAAGCAAGACGCUAAGGUUGAAGAACAGAAGCAGGAAAAUAUUAUUGAAGAUAAAGAACCAAAUCUAAGAGAGAAAAGUAAAAUUGAUGCUGCUAGUGAAGCUGCUGAAGUUACAUAUGAAGGAGAGAAGGUUACUGAAAUUAUUGAAAAGGUUGAGGAGAAGAAGAAUGAGAGCUUGGAAGGUGAUGAGGCAAAUUUGGUAGAGACCUCCAAAUAUCUCAAUGCUGCUAUUGAAGUUUCUGGACUCUCUUCAGAGGAAAGGAGGGUCUCUGAAGGUGCUGAAAUGGUUGAGGAUAAGGACAAAGACUUACAAGGUAAAGAGGAAAUCACCAAAGAUCUUGAUGCUGCUUCCGUGAUCGCAGAGGCUUCAUCCCAGGAGGAGAAGUCUUCUGAAGGUUCUGCAAUGUUUGAGGAGACAAAGGAUGAGGGUUUAAAAGAUGAGAAGAUAUCUCUAGUAGAGACCUCCAAGGAUUUUGAUGCUGCCUCUGAAGUUGCUGACUUCUCAUCCAAGGAAAAGGAGGUCUCUGAAAGUCCUGAAAUUGUGGCAGAAAAGAAGGAAGAGAGUUUGGAGAGCGACAAGUCAACAUCAGUUGAGACCUCCAAAAGUUUUGAUGCUGCUGCUAGCAUUGCUGAGGUCUCAUCCAAAGAUGAGAAAACUUCUAUAGCUGCUGAAAUGGUCGAGGAGAAGAAGGAUGACAGUCUAGAAGGGGAGGAGAAAACAUCUGGUGGUCCUGAAAUGGUUUGGGAGAAGGACGAGGGAGAGAGAGCUCCUGAAAGCACCGAAACAAUUAGUGCAAAGAAGAGUGAAGUUUUGGAAAGCGCAAGGAAGACUCUAGGCGAAACUUUUAAAGAGCAUGAUGUGGAGGAAAAGAAUGUUUUCGCUGCAUCUGCUGCAGAACGAGUUGGUGAUUUAGACGAGGUUGAGAAGGGCAAGGAUCUUGCAAAAGAUAUAGCAGAGACUGGAAAACCUGAUGACGGAAACUUAGUUGAACCCUCCAAAGGUGAUUCUGCCAAGCAAGAGAACGAGGCCCCCAAACAAGAGGUUCCUAAAGCUUCUCAACGUCAUUCAAAUAACAUAAUAUCCAAGGUGAAGCAUUCGAUUGUAAAGGCAAAGAAGGCAGUCCUUGGCAAAUCACCUAGUUCAAAGACCAUGUCUGCAGGAAUCAAAGAUGACAUUAAAGUGAAAUGAUAGAGCAGGAGGUUUUUCAGUUUAAAAUGGUCGCAUCAUUUGCCAUAGGCUCUUGCAUCUUAAUAUGCUCUAAAGGCCAUUCUUGCAUCCACUGAAUUUGCCUGUGGUGGUGUGCCUCCCACAUGGUGCCCAGUGGCGGAGAAAACAUGUGAGUAAAUAGAUGAAUAAUUAAUUUUGGAGGAUUCGAACUGAUGGGGCCAUGCUACUUGCAGGGAAGGAUUUACUGAAACUAUGCCUCUUAGCUUGAUGAUAGAAAUGAUGAAUUGUAUGGUAUCAGCUCAUUGUAUUGUUUAUAUUUUUGGAUGCAGUGCUUGUGUUUUGCUUGGUUAUAUUUUCUGAGUGUUUAUAUAUCUUUUGAGAUUCAUUUUGUUGAUUAUGUGAUGUAUUGUUUUGUCUCAUAAACAAUAAUCAACAUCUGUUUGAUCUA